GACUCCGCCCCCGCGGCCAGGCGGCUGCUCAGCGCGGGGCUGCGGCGGGGAAGCAGGCUUGGGCCAGCCGCACCUGGCCUGGAGCACCAGAUUAGAAGAGGAGUCAUGUCAGAAGAAACAGUAAGCGAAUCACAGUUUUCCUUGAAGACAGCAGUACUAAGAGUGUUUGAUCUUCCUCUGUCUUGGUACUAUUCUCUCUCCCAGAUAAAAUUUUCACCAGUAGCAAAAAAGUUGUUUGUGGUAACUGCAGUGAGUGCUGUAUCUGUAAUUUUUCUGGCCCAUCACUUUAAAAGAAGACGUGGAAAGAAGAAAGGAAAAAUACUACCAUGGGAACCAGAGCACCUUGUACUUGAAUACACUAAAAGAGCAGCAUCAGACAAAGGUUCAAGUUGUUCCAGUAGUAGACAGAAUUUGACAUUAUCUUUAAGUUCUGCCAAAGACAAAGGAUCUCAGUCUUGUAACUAUGCUAAUGGAGGACUUUUCAGUAAAUACUCAGGUUCUGCACAGAGUUUAGCCUCCGUCCAGAGUGUCAAUUCUUGUCAUAGCUGUGCUUGCGGCAAUUCUAACUCCUGGGACAAAGCAGAUGAAGAUGAUAUUAAACUUGUUAAUAUUCCUGUGACCACUCCUGAGAACUUAUACUUGAUGGGUAUGGAGUUGUUUGAAGAGGCAUUGCGUCGAUGGGAGCAGGCUCUCACCUUUCGAAAUAGACAGGCUGAGGAUGAAGCCUGUAGUUCCAUUAAAUUGGGUGCAGGAGAUGCCAUUGCCGAAGAAAGUGUAGAUGAUAUUAUUAGUACUGAAUUUAUCCAUAAACUUGAAGCUCUGCUGCAAAGAGCAUAUCGUCUCCAAGAGGAGUUUGAGGCUACCCUGGGGGCAUCUGAUUCUAAUUCCCUUGUUAAUGAUAUCGAUAAAAAUACAGAUACCACCAUGAAGGGGAGUAUGGAUGAAUUUGGCCUGCGAGACUCCUUGAGUGUUGCAUCAACUGAUUCCUUUGCUUCAGCAACAGAGCUUGCAGAACACAGAGAAGGACGACAUGCUUACAGUCUAGAGUCUCUCUGCCACUGCCCUUUUUAUGAAGAAGCCAUGCAUUUAGUUGAAGAAGGGAAAAUUUACUCAAGAGUGCUUAGAACUGAAAUGUUGGAGUGCCUAGGAGACAGUGAUUUUCUUGCCAAACUUCACUGUAUUCGACAGGCUUUUCAGGUAAUACUUUCAGAAACAGCCAACAGGAUAUUCCUUGCUGAGAGUGGAAGGAAAAUUUUAUCAGCAUUAAUUGUGAAAGCACGAAAGAAUCCAAAGAAGUUUGAAGAUGUUUUUGAUGAAAUGAUCUAUUUUUUAGAGCAAACUGAUCACUGGGAUAGUACUGAAAUGGAACUUGCUGCUAGAGGAGUGAAAAAUCUAAAUUUUUAUGAUGUUGUUCUGGAUUUUAUAUUAAUGGAUUCCUUUGAAGAUUUAGAAAACCCACCCACAUCCAUACAGAAUGUAGUAAAUAACCGCUGGCUAAACUCCUCCUUCAAAGAAACUGCUGUGGCUUCAAGUUGUUGGUCAGUGCUGAAACAGAAAAGGCAACAGAUGAAGAUCCCAGAUGGAUUUUUUGCCCAUUUUUAUGCCAUUUGUGAGCAGAUCAGCCCUGUCCUCGCCUGGGGCUUUUUGGGUCCUCGAAAUUCUCUCUAUGAUUUAUGUUGCUUCUUUAAGAAUCAAGUUCUUUUCUUUCUCAAAGACAUUUUUGACUUCGAGAAGGUGCGCUAUUCCAGUAUAGAGACUUUGGCUGAAGACCUCAUGCAGUUACUUACUCGCCGCACCGAACUGUUAAUGGCCUAUCUUGGAGCUGAUGCACUGAGGCAUACAAGUAGCUGUCUAAGUAGUCAUGGUCAUGUUAUGUCCAGUGGCCUGUUGGAAGCCAAAGUACAAUAAGUACCAUAAAAACCAUACAAUUGGAGUGUGCUCUGAGAUAGUUCAGGUAACUAUUGAUUUUGUACCAUGUAUUACGAGGAAUUGGGGGGUAUGGACUCAGGGAGGGAAAAGACAUCUGGUAGAGAAUGAGUGAUCGCACUGUAUUUACACAGACGUUCUGUCAGUUGAAUCCCUGUGUACUGUAUCCAAAGUGGCGCUUUCUUGUCUUUAGGUAAUAAUUUAAGUCAUGAAAUGCUGUAUAUUUUAUAGAAAUAUUGCUUGAAUUGAAACCAGUACUUGGGAGUUAGUUGAUUUGUCGUCCCAAAGCUGUCUGCAAAGUCCAGUAUCCUUCUCAAAAGCUCUGUUUUUAUACUUUGCACCUUGAAAAUAUACACUUUAGCCAAGACCUUCGUGGCCCCCUUAUGUAAGAAUAUAUUACUCCUAGUGUCAACAAAUUUAACUUUGCCUGAAAAUGUAUUUUUCAUUGUAAAGUUAUUUAUUAUUCAAUCAAGUUUAGGCAGUAGUGGUGUUAAUAUGUACUGCUUACAUUACUGCUUGUGCAUUUGCUCAUGUUUGAAUCAAAGAAAUUGUAAUGGCUGAGUAUCAUUAUAAAACAUUUAAAUGAAUUGACUCUGAGAAGUUUACAUUAGAUUUACUCAGUUUCCAAAAUAUAUCAUUGUUGGUCCUAUAAGUUAGAAUAACGAGACUGAAGAAAUUUCUUUUAUCUUUUUAUAGAUUAGAGCAUUUUCCCUUGAAUGAUUAUUGAUUAAAAAGAUAACAUUUAUUAACUAUGAGAGGUAAUUAAGAUUUUUUGUGUGUAGUUUUGAAACUAUUUCCCAAUAUCUGAAGGUAUUAAUCUGGAUACAGUAAAAUAAUUUCUCCUUUCUCCUUCUGUAGAACUUAUAGCACACUGGGAAUUUGUCAUAUUAUGCCCAUAUUUUAAAAAUACUCACACUUUGAAUCUUCAUGAGGUUUUAAAGGUUUUUUUCCCCUGAAUAUAGAACAAAAUAUUUUUUAAUGGCAUGGAGGUAUAUUUCUUGUCCUUUAUGAUAAAUAAAUGAACAAAUGAGUUGUUCAUAUGAGUAGGGUUCUUCAGAGUAUAUUAGAUACAUUCAGAGCUGUGUUAAUUUCGUGUCUAAAUCAUAUACCACUUAUUUAAAGUGGCUCACUCAGCAUAUCAGCAGAUUGGAUUCAUUGAUUUUGCUCCUAAGGUGGGCUUUAUUUAUUUCAAGAAGGAGUUACCCAGAAAGAUCUAAAAUAUAUUUUUUAAAAAUGAAUUUUUAGAUUAAAGUGCCUAGUUUCUGACUAAGGAAUAGAAAAGGAAAAGUGAGGGAGAAAAGCAUAAUCUUUUAAGGUUUUAAAUUUACAUUUGUGCCACAUUUAUGUAAUAUUAGUUACAAAUUAUGAGUUUCAGAAUCUUCAUGCUCUUUGCAUGUACUGUGUCCCAUAAUGUGUGGGUUACAGCAUUAAACAGUAUGAAAUAUUGCUCUGAUAUUUAGCUCUGGAUGUUUCUUACAUAUAUUCUUAAUUUAACAAUUGGCUAUUCACAAUUCUUAUUAUUGAUGGAGGAAUAGCAUUAGAAGUAUCAAAGCUAAAAAAUUCCAUUAUGUGUUGUUUAAUUUUUAAUUCAUAUCUUGUAUUUUUAGCUUCUUGUUGAAGUACCAUUGGCCUUGAAUGAUUCACACACGUGUGUAUGCAUGCACACAUUCCCAUCAUUGUGUAGGCAAGACAGGUAUUGUUUAUAUUAAUUUUCUUGUGGGGAGCUAACUGUUUUAAGCUGUGGUUUUAUAAACAAAGCUGUAAGUAAACUUUUAAUUACUUUUUUAUUUGAGGACGAUAUUAUUUGAAAUCUAUUUUGAAGAAUUGCACUAUUUAAUAAUGCUGCUACUACAUAAGAUAACUCUGGGGGAUUUGUUUCAUCAGAUAAGAUGAAUGGCUUUCCAGAAGGUGUUUUUUUUUUCUCUUUUUUCACUUCACCUUAAAAAAAAGUUGCCCAUAUUCAAGAGGCUGGUUUGUCAAAUUCAGUGUUUGAAUUUGAUUAGCUUCUGGUCAAUUACAUAGCUACUACUUCAGCAGAAUGCUUUCUUUGUGGCCUUUGACAAAAGAGACAAGAGUGGGGCACCUGGGUGGCUCUGUCCGUUAAGCGUCUGCCUUCGGCUCAGGUCAUGAUCCCAGGGUCCUGGGAUCGAGCCCCGCAUUGGGCUCCCUGCUCUGCGGGAAGCCUGCUUCUCCCUCUCCCACUCCCCCUGCUUGCGUUCCCUCUCUCACUGUAUCUCUCACUGUCAAAUAAUAAAUAAAAAUCUUUAAAAAAAAACAAAAAAACAAAAAAGACAAGAGUGACCAAAUAGAAUUUCAGGGUAAUAAGAAAAGAAAAAAAAAAAAACCCUCUCUAUUGUAAGGGAAGAAACUUGAACUUUUUAAAAGAAACAUCUCUUAAAAAUGGUUCUGACCACAGCAGAGUACUAAGGACAUAAGUACCAAUUUCAGUUUGCCUUGAAAUUGGGUUAAGCAACUAAAGCAGUGUUAUAAAUAAUAAAAAAUGAUUAAACUAGUCUAGAGUUUUUUAGGAAAAAACCCUGUUAGACACUCACGCUGGUACUGUCAGAAAACCACCUUUGCCACCACCAGUCCUACUACCGACCAUCUUCCUGUGUACGUGAUAAUCGGGGGGCCUUGAAUUCAUCCUGAGAAAAUGGUUUUUCCUCUUGUUUUCUGGAAGAAAAAAGAUCCGUGUUCAGGUGAUUUAUGUUUGGUAACUUUCUAUUUUGGUUUCUCCACGUUUUUGUUCAACUAAAAAGCUAGUAAUUCUUCAUUUAAGGCUUACAGUAUGUUUAUUAAAUGUCAAAAUGAGAUUUUUUUUUAAAAAAAGAAGCCAAGUUUUUCAUACGGUUAUAGUCAGCUCCAAAAAACUUUCUCUCAUAAAAUAGUACUGUUUAUUUGCAUCCAUUUAUUUUUAUUCUAUUGUUAAAUUACCUGACUUUAUAAAAAAUAUUUACAUACUUUUUCUUGCCUUAAGAUGUAACAUUUUCACACCUGAAACUAAUGUAACAUUGUCAACUAUACUUCAAUUAAAAAAAAAGUCACAUUUUCUGCUUAAAUGAUUACCUAAAGAGUGCUUACUUGCAUCACAAAAGAAUUUAGUUUAUUAUUCCUUUAAACCUAUGAAAUAGGAAUGCCAAAGUAACAUUUAAUAUACUUCUUCUCUGUGACCUUUCAUAAUCAGAAAUUUUAAAUUAUGUUCAUGACAAUUUGCUUUUAUUUUAAUGUGAACACAUAUUAGGAAAUUAUUUGGAAUAUACAUUUCAAAGUGAUUAUAAGAAUUAGGCUGAAUUCAAAUCUUUUGUUUUUUGCUUGGAUUAAUUACAUUUAGAAGUUUCUCUGUGAGACUCAAGAAUUUGUAUAAUCUGUGAUUAGUGGAAAUAGGGGCAUUCUUUCUUUGUUCCUAAUGAUUCUAUUAUGUUAUGUUUUGCUUAGUUUGGAACAACCAUGUAUUGUCCUUACUUGGCUGAUAUUAGUAAAUGUGUCUAUUUCCUAAAUGUAGGGACUGUACUUAAUAAUUUACAGGUGAAACACUACAGUAGCAGAAAAAAAAUAGCACUGGCUCUUUAGCUAAAAUAAGCACUGUAACAUGGAUGUAUUUCUCCUACUGCCAAAUAAAACAGUGAUGGUACA